AUGUCAUAUCCAAAACGACAAAUAGAAUCAAUACCUUUUAAUUAUCAAUUAGAAGUUAUUGAAAAAAUUAAUAAAAAUCAACAACAAAAUUUAAAAUAUCAAAAUUAUAAUAAUAGAAAUCAAAUAAAUCAAAGAUUUUCAAAUCAAAAUAAAUAUGCUUUAGCUGCUGUAGCUGCUGCUGCUGCAGUUCAACAUCAACAACAACAAACAUAUAUUUUACAACAACAAGCUGCUAUGGCUAUGAAGCAGAAACAGCAGCAACAACAACAGCAACAACAACAGCAGCAGCAACUUCAGCAAAACCAACAACAACAACAACAACAACAACAUCAACAACAAAAUCAUCAUCAACAGCAAAACCAACACCACCAACAACAACACCACCACCAAAUUUAUACUCAACCUCAAGUAUUUGCAAAUACAACAGGAAGUAGUUUAUCAACAAAUUUUCUUAAUGGAAGUUCAAAUUCCCUUAAUUCAUCAUCAUCAUCAAAUUCAUUAAAUUUAAAAAAUUCUUCACCAAAUUUAAUUUUAACAAAUUUAUCACCAACAACAACUGAUUUUUUAAAUUCUCCAAAUUUUAAUAAUUUUACUCCAACUACAGCUACAAGUACUGGUUCUAUAUGGGGUAAACCAAAUGAAAGUUUUUCAAAUUCAAAAAUUUGGUAA